CAUAAUACAAAUUUAAAUUAAUUAAAAUUUAAUGUAUAAAAUACCAAACACCAAAUAAAGAAAAAUAGUUGUACUCCAACGAACAUGUACUCUCCAAUAAACCACCCUAAAAACAUAGUAGUAUAUGAGUAUGACUCCAAAGUCUUACGAGUAAUGAAGGAAGCUUCUGCCAUCACGCAAAACGACGACGUUAAAGCGGUGGACCGAAAGUGAGUUACACGGCCACCGUCUGGGUCCCACUCCCCCCUAUAUUCCUUCAAUCAAACCCCCAAACAGAUUAUAGCAAGUGAAAUCAAUUAACACCAUUAUAUUAUCACCAUUAUAUAAAGCAGCACAACAAAAGAGUAAACACACACAACAACUAAAUUAGCAGCAAAAAGAAAAAAAUGUAUAUGGUAAGUAAAAUGAUGAACAAAUUUAUGAUGAGGAAUUUUGGUUAUGGCAUUUGCUAGGGUUUUUGAACUUUCAAGUAGAAAAGGACUGCGGGUUUGUCAAGGAAAACCCUAAUCUAAUAGCGAGAUUUGUGAUUUGGACCCGAAAGACAUGGACAGAUCAAGAUCUAAGAGGUACUAUUAUGACCAGGAUUAUGAAUCGGACAACUUACCCAGAACUAGACAGAGGUAUAACCCUAACCCUCAUGGGAAUCAUCAUUAUCCGCCGCCGCCGACUCACCGCCGUCCGGUUGCUGGAGGAGGUGGAGGAGGGCGGAAAAUGCAGGACCCGUCACUGAUGGUGACUACUAGUUAUAGGAUUCUGUGUUACGAUGUUAAGGCGGGUGGAGUGAUAGGGAAAUCCGGGAGUAUAAUUAAGGCUAUUAGACAGCAUACCGGGGCAUGGGUGAACAUGCAUGAACUGAUUCCGGGUGAUGAUGAGCGAAUAAUAGAGAUUUCGGAUACGCGGCGGAGGGAUCCGGAUGGUAGAAUGCCUGCAUUUUCGCCUGCUCAGGAGGCGCUGUUACUGAUACACGAGAGAAUUUUGGAUAGUGAUGGUGGUGGUGGUGGAGGAGGAGGGUAUAGUGGUGGGAUGGAAAUGGAAGAGGAGUUUAGGAUGAGAGGUGUUAGUGGGAAUAAUAGGGCUGUGACGAGGUUGGUGGUGUCUAGAAUGCAUGUGGGAUGUUUGCUAGGGAAAGGAGGGAAAAUUAUUGAGCAAAUGAGGAUGGAGACUAAGACACAUAUUAGAAUUUUGCCCAGAGAUCACACUUUGCCCCGUUGCGUUUCAAUGUCAGAGGAGAUUGUUCAGGUUGUUGGGGAAACAAUUGCAGUGAAAAAGGCUGUGGAAAUUAUUUCCUCACGCUUGAGGGAGAGCCAGCAUCGUGAUCGUGGUCACUUUCCUGGUCGGCCACAUUCACCUGAGCGGUUCGUCCCUCCUGACGACGAAUUUAUUCCCCACAUGAACAAUACAGCUCGCAGGAUGUCUGAAAAUGGGUCAACGUUUGGAUCAAGGAUGCCUGCUGGUAUGAACAGUGGUCGAAGCAACAACUUUUCUUCAUCCUCAUCUGGAUAUGCCAUUGAGUCUGGAAUCGCUCCCACCAAUGAUAAUGGGCAGAUCAUGUAUGUUGAGGAUCUUGUGUUUCGAAUUCUCUGUCCAAUUGACAGGGUCGAUACUGUUGCUGGGGAAUCAGAUGGAAUUAUAGAUUUGCUUCAAAAUGAGAUUGGUGUGGAUGUCAAGAUUUUGAAUCCCAUUGCUAGCUCAGACGAACAGGUCAUAAUCAUUUCUUCUGAUGAGGGUCCAGAUGAUGAGCUGUUUCCUGCUCAGGAAGCUCUUUUGCAUAUUCAAACCCGCAUUGUUGAUCUCCUUCCAGAGAAGGGAUAUAUUAUUACAACUCGUUUAGUUGUGCAAACAGAUGAAGUUGAAUGUUUGGGAGGAAGAGAUGCACCAUUAUCUGACAUGAAAUUAGCUGGUGCUACUGUCAAGAUUCUACCAAAGGAAGAACUUCCACCGUGUCUGUCAAGUACUGAUGAAAUUGUACAGAUUGAUGGAGAGAUCACAGCAGCUAGAGAAGCUCUUGUUGAAGUGACAUCGAGACUUCGAAGUUAUACUUACCGGGAGUUCUUUCAGAAGGAUAUACCCUCGCCAGCAAUACCUGCUUCAAGCCCAACUAAGAGUACUGUUGGAGCAGACAAAAAUUCUUUCAAUAACACAUCUCCUUCUCAACAAAACUACGGUGUGAAUGAUGUUCCAUCUUCAAUCUUUCAAAAUGCACCACCCAAACCCAUGGCACAGCCAGUUAAAGAAACUGGGGCAUCUGCCGGUGAAAUAGCCAAGCAAAAUGAAAGUGAGCGUCGCGAAGAUACUCCGAGUGGAUUGAAUAGAAUGCAUGUAACAUUGGUCACUAGAAGUACAUUGGAAGUUGUCAUACCUCCACAUGCAGCGCCCAAACUGAUAACAAAAUCAAGAAAUAAGCUAGCUCAGAUUAGUGAGUUAUCAGGAGCAAAUGUUAAUUUGAUUGAGGAUAGGCCCGAGGUGACGGAGAAGAUCAUACAAAUAUCAGGCACUCCGGAGCAAGCAGAGAGAGCUCAAAGUCUGCUUCAAGGGUUUAUUUUAAGCACCCUCGAAGAUGGCCCUUGAAAUGCUGUGACAAGUUUGUGUGGUGGGGAAUGCUCCAAGCCUGGAGAGGUGUCUUGCAAUUUUUCCUGUGUAGGCCGACUUGCUUACAAUUAUUCGUUAUAGUAGGGUAUCCUAGGCCAGCGCAAGGCACUGGCAAGUAAGAAUGUAUAAUAUUAAGACUUGGUGCUGAUGUUAUUUAUACUGUUAUAUCCGUCAAAUUGUUGUGUUGUAUUUUAGAAUGUACUGUCAGCACUCCUGCACUGUACAGGAAUUUAAGUGUUUUAUGCAAGCUCGGGCUGCUGCUUAUUUUUCUGCAAAAA